AUGGCCAACGCGGGGCUGCGCGCCUACCGUGAGGUGCUGCGCCUGGUGCGGCGGCUGCCGGCGGAGACGCGGCCCUACUACGCCAAGUACGCCCGCGAGAACUUCGUCAACUACCGCGACCUCUCCGCGGACGACGACCUCGCCGCCCUCCUCCGCCGCGCAUACACCCACUCCACAUGGGUCCUCUCCAAGUACUCGAUCGACGCGGGGAAAGCGACCGCGCGGCUCAAGGAUCUUAGCGACGGCCACGCCGGGCUGUGA